CAUCUCAAGCCGACCAAGAUUCAGGCAUUUCAUUGUCAUUUUCAUUUACCAUUUCUUUCUCUACUCCGCCCACCCGUGAGGCCAAAAACUCUCCUCUGUGUCCCUCCCCGCCGUCACUCCUAUCUUCCUGUUUCGGUGGAAACAUUGUAACCUGCUGUGGGGUGGUACAGUUUCACAUUUUGCUAACUUAUGGCCAGUAUACAGAGUGGAAUGCUUCCUUGCAGUCAUCUUCAUGACUCUCCUACACUUAACCUAUCAAACCACAAGCUCAACAUCUUCGCACCCAAAUUCAGAGAUCGAGCUUUAACGGCUAGAAUUGUUCGUUCCAAUGACACAAAAGUGACCAAUCAGAGAUUCCGACAAGCCCACCUCGUUACCCUUCCUGGACAUGGGAACAGUAGCAGUGGUCGAAGUUUUCAUGGCAAGAAUGAGACUGAUGAUGUGUUCCUAUCUCUCUUAAAGAAAAUCAGCAUAAACACCAGAAAUGAUGGGAACAGUAGUAGCAGUCGAAGUUUUCAUGGCAACGAUGAGACUGAUGAUGUGUUCCUAUCUCUCUUAAAGAAAAUCAGCAUAAACACCAGAAAUUCAUCUCAUUGCAGGCAAAUACAUGCUAAAUUUGUUAAAUCGGGUGCUUUCGAAGCCAGCAGUUUAAUAAGAAACAAGUUGGUGGUAUGGUACUCAAGGAACAAGGACUCGUUAGAUUUUGCCCGCCGGUUGUUUGAUGAAAUUCCUGAAAGAACGGCGCCUACGUAUGCUGCCUUGAUAGGAUCAUAUUGUCGGUCUGAAAGGUGGGAGGAUCUUUUCUUAAUUCUUGGAUUGAUGGUUCGUGAUGGCAUGCUUCCUGACAAGUAUCUCGUACCAACAGUUCUCAAAGCGUGCUCGGCGACACAAGUUUGGAAGAGUGGUAGAAUGGUUCAUGGGUAUGUGACGAGGAAGGGGUUGGAAUCAGAAAUUUACGUCGGCAAUGCCCUUGUUGACCUGUAUGCAAAUUGUGGGGAUAUGAGGUCUUCAAGAAAUGUUUUUGAUAGAAUGCCGGAAAGAGAUGUAGUCUCAUGGACUGCCCUUGUUUCAGGCUACAUGGAUGGAGGACUCUUACACGAUGCAGAAGAGAUUUUUCAUUCAAUGCAGUUAAACAGGGUGAAGCCCGAUUUGAUCUCCUGGAAUACACUUAUAUCAGGCCUUACUCGGAAUGGAAAACUUGAUCUGGCUCUUAAGUCUUUGGAGCAGAUGCAGGAGGAAGGGCUGAAACCUAUGGUUAAUUCUUGGAAUGGAAUUAUAUCAGGUUGCGUUCAAAAAGGAUAUUUUGUAGAGGCCUUGGAAAUAUUUAUGAGGAUGUUAUGGUUCCCAGAGGAUCCAAAUGUUGUCACAAUUGUAAGCAUCCUUCCAGCCUGUGCACGUUUGAACAAUUUAAAUUUAGGAAUGGCAGUUCAUGGAUGUGCUCUUAAGCAUGACUUCUGUGGAAACACUUAUGUGGAGGGUUCAUUAAUUGAUAUGUAUUCAAAAUGCGGAAGGAUUGAUUAUGCAGAGAGUGUAUUUGCUGAGGCAGAAAACAAGGACACUGCCAUGUGGAAUGAGUUGAUAGGAGCUUAUGUGAAUGAGGGAAAAAUGGACACUGCACUGAAGCUUCUAAAAUUAAUGCAAAAUGAAGGCUUUAAACCUGAUGUGAUUACCUAUAAUACAGUACUUUCUGGUUAUGCAAGAAUGGGGAAGAAGGAGGACGCAUUUAGGUUGUUGUCUGAGAUGGUCCAAAUGGAUUUGCAGCCAAAUUUUAUAUCUUUUAACACUUUAUUAUCUGGAUUUCAACAAUCUGGGCUUAGCUAUGAAGCUUUAAAGCUGUUCAAAGCCAUGCAAUCAGCUUCCUUUGCUGGCUUCACUGCUGAAAGGCUAAAUUUGCCAAUUCAACCAAACCCUGUAACAGCAACUGCUGCUCUUGCAGCCUGCGCUGAUCUUAACUUUUUGCUCCAAGGGAAGGAAAUCCAUGGACAUGUCGUGAGGAAUUGUUUGGAGCCUAAUGCAUUUGUCUCCAGUGCAUUAGUUGACAUGUAUGCAAAAUGCCAUUACAUGGGCUCAGCAGAAAAGGUAUUCUUGAGAAUUGAGGAUAGGAACACAGUUGCUUGGAAUGCUUACCUUUCUGGUCACAUCAACAACAUGCAGCUAGAAGAGGCUGUUAAACUAUUUUGUGAAAUGCUUGGAGAAGGCGUUGAACCAAGCUCAAUUACAUUUAGCAUGCUUCUCCCAGCUUGCGGUGAUAUGGCAGCUUUAAGAGUGGGAAGAAAAUUACAUGGCUAUAUAGUAAAAUGUGGGGUUGAUGAACCCAACAAUUCCCUUGGAAGCCAUUUGGUAAGCAUGUAUGCUAAAUGUGGUAGUAGUGUGGAGGCAAAAUUAGUGUUUGACUCCGAAGCUGAGAAAGAUGUUGGUUUAUGGAAUGCGAUGAUAUCUGCUUAUGCAUCUAAUGGCAUGGCAGCAAAUGCUAUUGCAUUGUUUGAAAAAAUGGAGCUACUGGGAAUAGUGCCAGACCACAUUACCUUUAUUGUGCUUCUUUCUGCUUGUGUCCAUGAUGGUUUGGUGGAGGAAGGAUGGAAAUAUUUCAACUCGAUGAGGAAUUUAUAUGGAAUUACUGCUGGUUUGGAACAUUAUACAUGCAUGGUCAGCAUCUUGGGUGGUGCUGGUCUUCUGGAGGAGGCUCUUGAAUUCAUCAAACAAAUGCCAGUCGUGCCUAAUGCUUGUACAUGGACUGCUCUUUUACAAGCAUGUAGAGUCUAUUCAAAUCCAGAAAUAGUAAAAAGAGCUGCAGAUGCCCUUUCUGAGCUGGAGCCAAAUGAUUAUUCUAAUUAUAUUCUCCUUUCCAAUAUCCAUGCCUCUCCAACGAUGUGGGAUUCCACAAACAGUUUGGACAGUUCAAUGAUGGACCAUCAGUUGAUGAGUAUAAAAGAGUGCAGCUUUAUUAAUGUUGGCAGUAAAAUACACACAUUUAGAGGGAGAGAGAGCUCUAAUUCAGAACUGGAAAAAACUUUAGGGACAUGGGAUAAGUUGGCCAACAAAAUGAAACGUGCUGGCCAUUCUCCUCUUGAUCCUCUUUCUAAUCAUGAAGACGAGCACAAUUCAGUUUCUUGUUUGCACACUGAAAAAUUGGCUAUAUGUUAUGGUAUCAUCUCUUCAAAGGGUUAUGAUCCAAUCCGCAUCUCAAAGAAUAUGAGGAUGUGUCUUGAUUGUCAUACAACAGCUAAACUCUUGUCCCAGACUGAUGAGAGAGAGAUCUUCGUGAAGGAUGUAUGCUUCUGUCACCAUUUUAAGGAUGGGAUAUGUGGCUGCCAGGACAGGUGGUGAGUUACAUUGUAAUUUCCUCAAUUAAGUGAUGAGUUUUAUAUGUUUUUUUUUUUCCUAGGUCAUGAUUUUGUACAAUCUUCAUUGAAUUUUGUGACUGUAAACUGUGAAGAUCUAUAUGAAGAGAUGAACCGGUUUUGGUGGAAGUUGACGGCAUGGUUGACACAAGGAAAAACAACUAGUAGAAGAUAAUACAGAUUUUUGUGUUGAUGCAAAUUGAUAUAUUUUAUGCUUGGUAUCCUUUUCGUGUAGU